AGCUACUAGUUGACUUCAAAAAAAUUGGAUUCCCCAAAUAACCAAUUCUUUUGUCAAUGAGGCCAUGGCUGACAAAACCAAAACCGCUUCUAUCGUCAUCUGCAGCUCCUCCUCCUUACCUUUCAAUCCUUUUUUCUCAAGGAAGUGAGAGAGAGAGAUCAUGAACGCCACAAGCGACUCUGGCGGCUUCCUCGGUUCCAACAACAUUGGUAGUUUCGGUUAUGGCAUUGGUGUAUCAGUUGGCGUCCUCCUCCUCAUCACAACCAUCACCCUUGCCUCCUACUUCUGCGCCAGAACUCAGCAGCCGCCUGCCCCGCCCACACGCAGGAACGCUGGCGACGCCAUGGAUCCGCCCGGCGUGGAAAACUUUGUUGUGGACAUAGGACUCGAUGACAACACGAUUCAAAGCUACCCGAAAUUGCUCUACUCCGAGGCCAAGCUCCAAAUGAAAGACUCCACUGCCUCCUGCUGCUCCAUAUGUCUUGCCGACUACAAGAACAGCGACAUGCUGCGGCUGCUGCCAGAUUGUAGACACCUCUUCCACCUCAAGUGCAUUGAUCCGUGGCUGCGGUUGAACCCUACGUGUCCAGUCUGCAGAACGUCUCCAAUCCCAACGCCCUUGUCAACUCCUCUGGCCGAGGUGGUUCCAUUGGCUAGCAGGCGUGACUGAUGGUGGAGCCGAUUGAUUUCAGUCUUUUUGCAUUAUUUGUACACAGAAAAGCCACUAGAAUACAUAUCAUUAGAGUUCUCUCCCAAAUGUUGAUGGAGUUAGACUUCCAUAGUCAAAUUAGUUUUUUCAACUCUUUCUUUGUGAUGUAGCUUGAGAUCUGGUUGUACGAAUUCGGAAUAAUUUGAGAUCUCAUUUCAUACA